AUGCCCAGGGACACACAACAAUCACGCUUCUCGACGGGCUUGCGCGUUACAGACCUUGACGAUUUUCUCCCGAGCUCUACGGCGUGCGUCCUGCCGCUCCAGGGUGGGCUACCACCUCCCGGCUCUGUUGCCGCACCAGUUUACUCGCACAACGCUCACGAUGCGAACGGCGAGACGAACACACCGGUUGCUCGAGUGACGCUAUCCGACUGUCUGUCCUGCAGCGGUUGCAUUACCUCCGCAGAAACCGUUCUCUUGGCAACGCACUCGGUGGACAACUUUGUGACGGCCUGCAGCCAGAGCGCGGACGCGUUUGGUGCUGUCGUUGUCGCACCGGCAGUUGUGGCUUCGCUGGCAUCGGUGUGGAAGCUAGCCGAAAUCGAGUCUGUACUUGAGAGGAUCCAAACUAUCUUUGACAAGUUCGGCGCCUUCGCCGUCGUUCUGAAUAGCGUUGGGCGUUGCCUCUCGGUUCUGGAGACCUGCGCUCAAGCUGUCGAGCGGCUGCAACCUGACCAGAACGAUGGUUCAGGAGCACAGCAACCGCUUUUUGCAAGUGCUUGUCCAGGAUGGACAUUCUAUGUAGAGAAAACACAACCCCAUUUGGUAUCGUGUUUGGCGACCGCAAAGUCACCACAAGCGAUGAUGCAGCUCUUGGUCCGUCAUGAACUCGGGGAGCAUGCCUGGACUGUAAGCAUCGCACCAUGUUAUGACAAGAAGCUGGAGAGUCAGCGAGAUGCAAAGGACUCGGAGCACGUUUUCGUGCUGACGGCGACAGAGGUGCUCGAGCUGGCGGAGCGCGCCCCGCCGCAUAUGCCGAACGAUGCUCGACGCCAGCUUCGUAUAUCGCAACAGGUGUCGGCUUUGACAAAGUUUCGAGGCGCGUGGUGGGCUACUUUUGGAGGCCUCUCCGGGGGUUACGCCGUCGAAGUAUUUCGCUAUGUUGCGCAGUACGUGUUCAAGCACAGGGUGAGCGACGCCGUGCUCGAACCAGCCGCUGUCCGCGAAAGAAACCCCGACCUACGGCAGCUGCUGCUCUACCAGCAUCGGAGCUCGGGAGAUUUCGUCGUGAAUUUCCGGCCAGUCAUCGCAGACGACGACCUGCAAUUGAGGUACUCGGUAGCAACUGCGUACGGCUUUCGAAACAUCCAGAACAUCGUUCGCCAAUAUAAGCAUACCGGCCGGUGUAACUGGAAUUUUGUGGAAGUCAUGGCGUGUCCGGGUGGUUGUGGCAACGGUAACGGCCUUUGGGUCGUUCAGGAUACACCAACAUCGACACCGGUGUCGGCGGAGAGCGUGGCACCAGUUGCUAACCGCGUAUUCGCCCAGCGCACCCGUCAGGAGCGAAUCCAGGAAAUGGAACGCUCGCUACAACGUCUGCCUUGUUAUCACGUAGACGAGCUGCCGCAGUUGCGAGAACUAUGGGCUACUCUACGAGAAGCAGAGCCUCAGUCGCUGCGAUUCGAGUUCUGUGGAUUCAAUGAUCGCCAGCAACAAGAGGCGACUUACCGACAGCAGGACGGCGACAUAAAGUCCCAGGUCACUGUCUCCGAGAGACAUCGACUGGUGCAUCAGUGGUGA